AGGCUCCUGUAUGUAAGACUCGUAUUCAGUUAGCUGCGUCUAGUCAGUUGAAACAGACACAAUGUCAAAAGUGGACAUAACUAAAGACAAUGUGUGGGAUUAUUUUAAAAGAAUUAGCGAAGAGAAAUUUCAAGCAAAGUGCAGGAAGUGCGGAGAUAGUUUUAUCUACAUCAACGAUUCAACUUUUUUAACACACUUACGUUCAAGCAAACAUAAAAUUUAUUUUAUCGAUGAAGCAAACAAAAACUUAGAAAAAACUAAACAGGAUAUAUAUUACAACUCAACAUUCAUAAAAUGUGACAUUUGUGAAAAGCAUGUUUUGCAAGAAGAUUUUGACGAACACAUACAAUCACAUCCUGUAGAAGAAGUUGCAUAUUAUGAAGCGAGCAGAACUAAGGAGGAACAUAUGAAACAAAUUGAUUCUUUUGAUGCGAAGUGCAAACUGAAGAAUUGUAAUACAUUUAUACGUCUUCAAAUUGCAUCAACAUUAUUACACCAUUUAUUAAGCAAGCAUAAGAACGAAUUGGAAAAUAUGCAAACGGGCGCAAUAGAUGAUGCAACUAAUGUCACAAAUAAGGAAGAACUAUUGCACAAUUACACAUUACACAGGCCUCAUUAUUUUAGAGCAAAAUGCAAAUUUUGCAACAAUUUUCAAGGAUAUUAUGUCGACACUAAAAAGUUUCAUCAACAUUUAGAAAAACAUCAUAACGAAGCUACUUUAUACGAAAAAAAAAACAAAAGAUUUCCGUGGAAACUUUUCAAGUAUUAUGACGAAAAGAAAUUACAAUGUUUUCUCUGCGAAAAUUUGCAUACUGAACCGUUUCUAGAAGACUCGUUACUUCAGCAUAUAUUCACGUACCAUGAAGAAAUGUAUAAUUCAUGUUAUUAUGACCAUAACGACAGUGAUUGGGCCUGGAAAUACUGUGACAUCAGUGGAGAUUUUCAAGUGCUAUGUCAAAUUUGCUCUGAAAAAACGGAUCUUGAUAUUCAAUUAACGAAUUUACAACACCAUAUUAAUAAUACACAUCUGAACAAAUCACCAAGUGGGAAAGAAGAGUAUAAGAUAGCUGGAGAAAGCCAAUCACAGAAAGAAAAAAGUAGAGAAAAAGGUUUAUCCAAAGGUGAAUGAUGCUAGCGGCAAUCAUGUAGCACGACAACCAGGCACCACGAAAGGCAAUCUUGACUUUGGUAAUUGAAACAAUUUAUAAUAAACACAGAAAUUAAUGUAUCUCUCACAUGUAAUAAUUCGUUCUAUUUUUACAAAAUUAUAAAUACGUUUAUAAAUUGACGCUUUAUGAGAAAGAUUAAGUUUCAUUUUUG